GGCAGCGGCAGCGGCGGCCACCCGAUGUCUUCGGCGCCCGAGAAGCAGCAGCCCCCGCACGGCGGCGGCGGGGGAGGCGGCGCGGCCAUGGACCCCGCGUCGUCCGGCCCGUCCAAGGCCAAGAAGACCAACGCCGGCAUCCGGCGCCCCGAGAAGCCGCCCUACUCGUACAUCGCGCUCAUCGUCAUGGCCAUCCAGAGCUCGCCCACCAAGCGCCUGACGCUCAGCGAGAUCUACCAGUUCCUGCAGAGCCGCUUCCCCUUCUUCCGCGGCUCCUACCAGGGCUGGAAGAACUCGGUGCGCCACAACCUCUCGCUCAACGAGUGCUUCAUCAAGCUGCCCAAGGGCCUCGGGCGGCCCGGCAAGGGCCACUACUGGACCAUCGACCCCGCCAGCGAGUUCAUGUUCGAGGAGGGCUCCUUUCGGCGGCGGCCGCGCGGCUUCCGAAGGAAAUGCCAGGCGCUCAAGCCCAUGUACACCAUGAUGAACGGGCUGGGCUUCAGCCACCUCCCGGACACCUACGGCUUCCAGAGCUCGGCCGGCAGCCUCUCGUGCCCGCCCAACAGCCUGGCGCUCGAGGGCGGCCUGGGCAUGGUGAACGGCCACUUGCCGGGCAACGUGGACGGCAUGGCCUUGCCCAGCCACUCGGUGCCACACCUGCCCGCCAACGGCGGCCACUCGUACAUGGGCAGCUGUGGCGGCGCGGCGGCCGGCGAGUACCCGCACCACGACGGCUCCGUGCCGGCCUCCCCCCUGCUGCCCGCGGCCGCCGGCGGGGUCAUGGAGCCGCACGCAGUCUACUCGGGCUCCACGGCCGCCUGGCCGCCCGCGGCCUCCGCAGCCCUCAACAGCGGCGCCUCCUACAUCAAGCAGCAGCCCCUGUCCCCCUGCAACCCCGCCGCCAACCCCCUGUCUGGCAGCCUCUCCACGCACUCCCUGGACCAGCCGUAUCUACACCAGAACAGCCACAACGCCCCGGCUGAGCUGCAAGGCAUCCCGAGGUAUCACUCACAGUCGCCUGGCAUGUGUGACCGCAAAGAGUUCGUCUUCUCCUUCAACACCAUGGCGCCCUCAUCCAUGCACUCGGCCGGCAGCGGCUCCUACUACCACCAGCAGGUCACCUACCAAGACAUCAAGCCCUGCGUGAUGUGAGGCCCUCCUGGCCCGGGCGGCCUGGCACGGGGACCGGAACCCAUCGCAAGAAACUGCUUUCUUCUUGAGGUAUAACCGUAGGCAGAAGACAAGGGUCUGACCCCUACCCACCCGGAUUAUUUGGAAAGGAAUCCCCAAGGCCAGGACCCAGCUCGGCGGUCGGCGCCGCCCCCACCCACUCCCUCCAAAAAUUAACAAAUGGUGACUGGGGGCCUGGUCUGACCGCAGCUGUUGGUAAAUAAAUAUCCGUUUUUGAUCCAGUGGAAGCCGGCUGAGAAGGGGCUGUACUGGGGAGACCCUUCCGUCCACACCAGAAAUCAGGGGAGGCCUCUCCCGGCCUUCCCUCCAGUGGCAGACCUGGGGGAAGGUGCUCAGAAGACAGGCAGACGUGUGAGACCAUCGUUAUCAAAUACUUUUAUUUUUUGGUUGAGUAUUUAUCUUUUUACUUUUACUUUUUUUUUUGGAAAGAAUGUCUUGGAACACAAUGAUCUCCUCUCAGAGCCGUGAUUUUGGGGGGAGGGCAAGAGAUCACACCCCCUCCCUGUCUCCGAAGGCCUCGGCGACCGCAGGUGGACUCGGUGCCGGCUGGCAUUGCCAAAGCCACUGUCCCCACAGGACCGAAGGAGCUGGCCGGGGCCUGGGGCGGGGGUCCCCGGGUCCCCUCCGCCGCCCUCCCCGCCUUCUCUACGGUCCUUCUGGUUUUGUUUCGAAUUGCAGUUGGACGUUUUCAGUGGGUGUUUUUCUCACAAGGCCCGACUGUCUCCUGAUCUCUGCGGGGUCUUCGAUCUCUACUGUACGAGGGCCGGUGGGAGCGUGAGGACUGAGCGGGGACAGGGAAGGCCGGUGAGCGCCCCGAUGCAGGAUCGCGGGGACACAGGAGGGUUAAGGCACUUUGUAAACUAUCGCAAGGCUCAUCCUGUUAUUUAUUCUGCUCUCUUUCCCUAAUAAUCAAAACACCGCAUAGGCUCCUCCGUUUAUCAGUAUUAAUGGUGUAACUGUUGGCAAUAUUUGCCGUGUAGGAUUUUUCUUUUUCUUAGAGAUCCACUGUAAAUUUGAAACAAAGUCCCGUCUGUGUAAAAACAAAGUUCCAUAUGUUUAUAUAAAUAUAUAUAUAAAAUGAAGGACUCCCCCCCUUUUUUUUAGGAUUUUGGCUGCGGGGUGCAGCGUCUGUGACACAUAUUUUAAAUUUCCUUCUGCACUGUAUAAAAUGACAAUUUGAGGAUGUUUUGCCUUUUGUGUAAUUUUUUUCCUAAAAAAAGAACAAAAAUAAAAAUGUGUAACAUUUGUACGUGGCCUUUAACAUUGUAUCGACCAGAAAUAAAAGUGCAUGAGUAUUUUAUUGGGAUUGGGAUUGUAGAAUAUCUUCCAAGCCCCAAAAUACACCCAGAAGUCAGCCUGGCACGUCUAGACUUGUUUUGUGUUUGAAAUAUGGGGGCUGCUUUCCCCCCCCCUUUUUCUUCUCUUUUAUUCCUCCUCUUUCCAUCCUUCACUUCACACUGAAAUGAAAUCUGGACGCGAGGAACUAUUUUUCUUGGCUUCUGGUUUUUAAGAGGAGCCCCUCGGCCCCUCUAACUGUCCUUUGGCAUUUUAAAGAAAUAAUCAAAUCUUGAAAGAAAAACUGUCCUCUCUCUUGCCGCAGGGAAAACCAUAUUUUUAAUAAAAAAGAUCUAUGAUA